UUGUUAGAUUUUGUCUGAUGAAGAGAAGAGGAAACAAUACGACAUGUAUGGGGAAGAGGGCUUAAAGGAAGGUCGUCAAGGUUCCCAUGAUGACAUAUUUUCACAUUUCUUUGGGGAUUUUGGUUUUAUGUUUGGAGGAGGCCCACGGCAUCAAGACCGGAACAUUCCUCGAGGAAGUGACAUUGUCGUGGACCUUGAAGUUACGCUUGAAGAAGUAUAUUCGGGAAACUUUGUGGAAGUUGUAAGAAACAAGCCAGUGGCAAAGCAAGCUCCUGGAAAGAGGAAAUGUAACUGCAGACAGGAAAUGAGAACCACACAAUUAGGCCCUGGAAGAUUCCAGAUGACUCAGGAAAUGGUUUGCGAUGAGUGUCCCAAUGUUAAGCUUGUAAAUGAGGAGAGGACGCUUGAAGUGGAGAUAGAACCUGGUGUUCGGGAUGGAAUGGAAUAUCCUUUCAUUGGAGAAGGUGAACCUCACAUAGAUGGAGAACCUGGAGAUCUGAAAUUCAGAAUAAAGGUUUUAAAGCACCCAAUAUUUGAGAGACGGGGUGAUGACCUCUAUACAAAUGUCACAAUUUCAUUAGUGGAAGCAUUGAUAGGUUUUGAAAUGGUCAUCUCUCAUUUGGAUGGUCACAAGGUCCAAAUAGUUAGAGACAAGAUUACAAAGCCAGGUGCAAAAGUAUGGAAAAAAGGAGAGGGUCUGCCAAACUUCGACAACAAUAACAUUAGAGGUUCACUUAUAAUAACAUUUGAUGUAGAAUUUCCCAGGGAACAACUUACUGGCGAUCAGAAGGAAGGUAUAAAGCAGCUGCUUAAACAAGGACCAGUGAAAAAAGUGUACAACGGACUUCAGGGAUAUUGAUGAAAACGCAAAUGAAACAGACUUUCAUGUGAUACUGAAAAUUUAACUAUUUAUUAUGAGGUUUCUAAUGUUGAAUGUAUUUUUUGGGUUGGAAAAGAAUUGCUAACAUUUUGAAAAACUGAAAUCUCUUUGAUUCUGAGCAGCACAAGAUAUAUAUUGAAAUUUUUAUUUUGACCUUUUCAAUUUUUUGUCUCCCUGCCCCAAAAAAAAUUGACUCUGGCCAGAACAGCAAAAUAUGUUAGCAUUUUAAGAUGACUGGAUAUGUUUCAGUUUUUAUAUUCUAAACAGAAAAGGCAAACUGUAAACUUCUCCAUCUUUAACCAUGUUCUGUUACUUCUAAAAAUGUUAGGUAUUAUGGUGGUUUAAUUUUUUCUCAAGAAACAAGUGUAUUGAUUUCAGUGCAGUGUCCAACUUUGUAAAAAUUAUUCAGAAGUACUUAAAAUUUGUGUUCUGUUAUUUUUGAGAUAUGAGGGGGCCAAAUAUUGCUCCAAUGGUCAAAGCAAUUUGGUCUCUGUAAUAUCUGAAUAUGAAGAAUACACCAUAUAGAUUUGAACAAAAUUACCAUUUGAUUUUAAUUUGUCACUCGCUAUAAAUUGACAUUGAAAUUUUGAAAGGAUGGCACAGUUUGAAAAUGACACUCUGUACAGUACAUUGUCAAAUUGAAAGUUAAACAGUAAACAACAUUGUUAUAAGGUGCAACUCAUCAGCUAAAAUUGACUGGGGAGGAAAAUGCAUCCUGCUGUAGACAGCAGGACCUAUGUAUUUCAUUUUUUGUAUUUUGUUGUUUCAAUUGAAGACUUGGAGUACUGAAGUCAAUUGUUUCAAAUUAAAUUCAACAAAAAAUGUUGAAUGUGUGAAA